CAAACGCCUACAGCAUGCGGUGGGUGCGAGCCAUGACGGCAUUUGUGUAAUGCCAUGUGGGGAGGUCCAGGGUGCGCCGGGAACUGGUCCGGUGAUGGCUGGGGCAAUGGCUGGGAUGAUUGGAGCAGCUGGGGUGAUGGUUGGUACGAUGAGGGAUGGAACCAGCCCUGGCCCCCUGCCGGUGGCAAAAUGGGCAAAGGCCGAGGAGUGCAGGCAGCUGGCGGAAAACCGCCCAUGCCGCCAGCGGCCCCUGUGCCAAGCAUGCCGCCAAUCAAAGAUGUGGCAUCCCUGGUGUCGCAACAGCUGUUCGCAGGCCAAAAGGCGCCUGGCAGUGAACCGACAGGACCUGCGCAGCCUCAAACGGCUGUGACACCUCUCCCCCCGCCGGAUCUGCCGGCUCCGGCCUUGCCUCCACCACCUCCGCAAGCUCAGGAGGUCGGUAAUGCUGUUGGCAGUGCAGGAAAAGCGAGCAGUUUGGAUACGGCAGCGUUGCUUGCCUACCAGCAGAUGCAACAGCAAGAGUAUGCUGAUCUACCGGAUGGAGGUCCUUUUGGAGGACUCUCAGAUCGCGACAUCACAUCAGAGGUUCAGAACCUCAUGUCGCAGUACAAGAUUCUGGACAAGAAGAUUGAGAUACGCCUCAUCGAGGCGCUCAAGCUUCGCGGGGAUCGCUGGGGAGCUGACCUUCAGGACUUCCGUUCCUGCCUGUCUAGGGCACGCAACCCGGCUGGCUUCCUGAUUGUGAAGCUCAGUGACAUGGAGAAGGCCAUCAAUGCAGAGAAAGGCACCAACAUUGGCGGCGGUCGAGAGUUCUGCGCCAACUACCGGCGCGGGCACUGCAAUCGCGGUGAUGCUUGCAAGUAUUCCCACGACGUCCAGGUUGGCUUGAGCAAAGCCAAUGUGGCCGGAGCACCCAACGCCGGCGCGAUCGGGAAUCCAGGGAAGUUGGAGGUGGGCAACUUGAUUAUGGCAAGAUCGCCCACUGCCAAUUUGAUCGCAGAGGCGCAGAAGAAUGUGGCCAACAUGGGCUUCGGCUUCAGCGCGCCGGGCGCCCCACCGGCGCUGCCGCCGGCUCCGGUGGCGCCGGUGGCUCCGGCGGCGCCGGUGGCUCCGGUGGCUCCGGUCGUCCCAGCGGUCGAGCGGGUGGAGCGGCAGGAGCCAAGAUGGAUGUCGAGAUCCCCGCGGAGGAGCCCCCCGCGGCGGCGCAGCCGCAGCGUGCGGCGGAGCCCUCCACGGCGGCGCACCCCCCCGCGGCGCGACAGCCGCGCGCGGCGCAGCCCGCGGCGACGGAGCAGCCGAAGCAGGGGACGGCGGCGGUGAGGGAUGGGAGCGA